AUGCGGAAUAUCUUGAGUGAUCGAUGUGGAGGCAGUGAGCCUGCGACAGAAAAACAAGCGAGGAUAGGUCGAGCGGUACAUGCUCAGUCCAUGUUUUAAAAGAAAGAAAAAUUGUGAAACCCAAAGGAAAUGUGGAUUUAAACACUAUUUUUGUCGCUUCUACGCGGGCUUAGUUACUUAUUGUUUGGCACGGAGGGGUCCUCGUUUCGGCGUGUUGAGUGUGUCGCUGUUUGCCCAUUCUCACUGGAGUGAACACUAAGGAAGACUCCAUGAAAGAUGACAGAGGAGGUGAUUGUUGUAGCCAAGUGGGACUACACGGCCCAGCAGGACCAGGAACUUGACAUCCGUAAAAACGAGCGUCUCUUCCUCUUGGACGACUCAAAGACCUGGUGGCGCGUCCGCAACGCUGCAAACCAAACGGGGUAUGUGCCAUCCAACUACGUCGAGCGCAAGAACAGCCUGAAGAAAGGCUCGCUGGUGAAGAACAUCAAAGACACACUGGGCUUGGGAAAAACUAAGAGGAAGACAAGCGCCCGUGAUGCUUCCCCAACACCCAGCUCAGACACAGAGUACCCCUCCAAUGGCAGCGGGGGUGGAGGGAUGGGAGGAGGAGCUGCUGAAAGAAUCUAUGACCUCAACAUCCCGGCUGUGGUCAAGUUUGCCUACACGGCAGAGCGAGAUGAUGAGCUGACCCUGAUGAAGGGCUCCAAGGUCAUUGUGAUGGAGAAGUGUAGUGACGGAUGGUGGCGGGGCAGUCAGGCGGGCCGUGUGGGCUGGUUUCCGUCCAAUUAUGUUCAGGAGGAGCUCGGAGGGGCGGAUGACAGGGGGGAGGGAGAUUCCUCACGGGCGUACCAUGGCGGCUCUCAAGGGACUUUGCUGGCCAACGGGCGUGCAGGUGGCCGCGCAGACGUGCUUCACUUGGUUCAAACACUCUAUCCUUUCAGCUCCGUGACCGAGGAGGAGCUGAAUUUUGAGAAGGGAGAGGUCAUGGAGGUGGUGGAGAAGCCUGAGAACGACCCGGAGUGGUGGAGGUGUAAGAACUCACGUGGCAUCGUGGGCCUGGUACCUAAAAACUAUGUGAUGGUGCUGGACGAGCGGCCCGACCUGCCUGCGUCGAGCUCCCCGCAGAAUCGCUUUGUGGCACCGGCGCGCUCAGGGAAGUUUGCUGGGAGGGACUGGUACUACGGCAACAUCACCAGGCAUCAGGCCGAGUGUAUCCUCAAUGAGAGAGGAGAGGAGGGCGACUUCCUCAUACGAGACAGCGAGUCAUCGCCCAGCGAUUUCUCUGUGUCUCUGAAGGCGCCUGGUAAGAAUAAGCACUUUAAAGUGCAGCAGUCAGACGGAGUGUACUGUAUCGGCCAGCGCAGGUUCAACUCAAUGGAUGAACUAGUGGAGCACUACAAGAAAGCCCCCAUCUUCACCAGCGAACAUGGAGAGAGGCUGUACCUGGUCAAAGCCCUGCUGUGAUACACACAACACUGGAUUUCACAUACACACACACACACACUCUCUUCAGACACACUUAAUACUAAUGCCAGUCCCUAACCGUCUUAACUCAAGCCUUAGCUCUGGACCCUCUCGCUGUGGUGUCCAUAUUGCAUCCAGAUCCCAAGUUACUCUUCUAAGCUUGCAAGUCUGUCGCCCUCCAGUGGUGAUCGGGUGAAACGUUUUCUAGCUCAGCAACCAAGCGGUUAACCCCAAGACAGCAAGAAUUAUGCCAGGUAAAAUACCCAGCUGCAUCUUCCAUGUACACAGUGCAUAAUAAGCCUCUGUCUCCUGGAUGUGCUAACAUUCACAGUGUCCACAUCUGCCGCCAACAGAACACUUGAAGCCUUGCUGGGGGUUGAGCUCUCCUUCUGAUGUCAUACAUUAUGUCCAUUUACUAGCACGCACAUUGUAGGCUACACCAUUGCUCUUAAUCCAUGCAGGAGGACAAACAGCUAACAGUUGAAGAAGAACUCAAACCUCAGAUGGACCUUACCUUGGUGUUAUCCUGUUCGGUUUCUGGCCAUUGUUUUAUUUUGUUCAUUCAUUUUUGAAAGAAGUGCUUGUUCUUGAGUUAAGUUUUUCUUUGUUUUUCUUUUUUUUUUUUUUAGCUAAUUUAAAUUCCUUUUGGGAGGUUUCACUCAUUACUUAUUCAUACAAUGACUUCACAAAGUGACCAGAAUCAGCCUCUUGCCUUUUUCUCCUAAUUUUCAUCAUUCCUCUACAUCAUUUCUCUCCCCAGUUGACCUUGUAUCUUGUCACUUUUUCAUGUUCCUCCUUGUUUCUGUCUCCACAGACUUGAUCAUUAGUAGUGAUGGCUAUUGAAAAUCUGGAUACAGUACUUCCUAUAAUAUUUCUAAGAGGCAGUGCGGGGAGCAUUACUGCAAUGGUGGAGACCUCGGAUUUCUUGUAGAGUUUGAAUGUUAUCAAUGUAACCAAAUGUGCCACCCUGAACCCAUACUACUGGCUCCAGGUCUGCACUGCACUCACCACACUUGGCAUUCAUUCAUAGCUCUAUGCUCAUGCUUUAUAUUGUGUCACAUUGAACAUGUUCCUGUUCUUCAGUAUGUGUCUGUAGCUACAUGAGGAUACCGACUGAAGAACAACAAUAACAAUAACAAUAAUAAUUAAAUCUUUUUGGUAACACUUUUGAGUUAACGACACUUGAUCUACUCCAGCUCCUGUGAAUGAAUGCAGUUAUCCUCUGGUAUUGCAUUUGUCACAGAUGAGUUUAUCCUUGCAAGUCAUGUGUUUGCAGGGAGGAUAAUUUUGCUGGGAAGGCGUCAUCAUUCACAAACAAAUAUGUGAUCGACUGAGAGACCCCAGUAAUAAAGUUACUAAGAAGGUGUGGCCCUAAGCUCGAUGCUAAUAAAUCACAAAUUCAUUCAUAUGACAAAUGAUUUGGAAAUACUUGUUACUAAUUCUUGAGGUCCAACAAUAGAAUCUUACUUUAAAGAAGCCAAAUAUGCCGUCAUCUGGUUUAUAAUGACAAAUACUAGUCCUACCAAACAUUUUCUGUGUUUAUUUUCUUUUGCUCUGUGCAUUUGUUUACCAAUGGAAGUGUUGUUGAUCACGGGGUCCUCAGCUUUUAUAUGAUAUAUCUGAAUGUUAUUGAGCAUUGUUAUUUAAUUCUUGUCUCCACUGUAUGUAUAUAUUCAAAAUAAGAUGAGGUGCAUAUAUGAAUCAAACUAAGGUACUGUAUCACCGACAACGUGAUGAGAAUUGAAAUACUUUUGUUCAAUAAAAUUUUUGAAGAAUACUAAAA